CCUGUCCCCAUCACCAGGUAUCGUUAACAUCGUUCAUACGUAUGGAAUUCAAUUCUUCGCUAUCAUAUAUGGCUGACUUCGAAGAAAAUUACAAAUGUCCUACUGUUAAGCAACGGACUUUCCUGACACACCUGAAGGAUCACUGCACCCUUAGACUGAGCCUGGCGUUAAAGGAUGAAAUGAAUAUCUUUUGACUUCUUCCACCGAGCGCUGACGACGACAAAAAAAGACAAGUAUCUAUUAUCUCCCUUAUUAUCAAGAAAUGCUUUGAUAGAAGACAUUCUUUUUAUAUUGUUAAAAUUCUUUAUUAUGGAAGCCAGUGCUUCGUGUUACUUCUCGAGCGUCUCGAACAAAGGAUUAGGCGAAUCAGAAAGGUGUGGAUGCCCGGAGAAGCAUCACAGAAAUUGGCAAAGAACUAGUCUUCAGAGUCACACACAGAAGAAAGAAGAUAAAUAGACCACAAUUUUGUGAGUAACUUUUCCAACCAAAGCAUAUCGGGGAACAAAAAAUUCUACAAGCAGUACAUAUCAAGCUCAUAACCCCACCAUCGUCUAAUACCAGUUUUUUCUUCCGCUUCUAUGGCACCGGGACCUACCUCUACCUCAAAGUGGACCAGCCACCCUUCUGGUAAACGGCAUAUUCUAUUCACAUCCUUCGCGACUGAAGGAGCGCUGCCCUCCCAUCAACAAGUUUCGGGAACCUCUCAGUUGGAAGAGGAAUGGGCCGUACACGGCCCCCGUACCUACAUGUUACCAUGCAUUACACCAGCCAAUGAGCCAAACGAACAAAGUGACAGGAGUACCAAGGCUGCCCUCGAAUUCGUUCAAAGAUGGGCCGAAGCAAGUGACCCAUCAAGGAUCUAUGACGAGUCUUUGGAGCUGGAUAAGACACUGGACUGGCCUGAGCCUACAGCCUCAUUUUUGGAGCUUAAGAGAUUUACCGAGGAUUAUGUGUCCAAUGUUCAACAAAAGCUGUGCCGUCGUGUAGCUGACGAGGUCGCAAAAAAUAUGGACAACAAUGAUUUUUUCACUUAUAGUGUCGUAGAUUGGCCUGAAUUCACUUCCAAAGGCGGUAUGAUCCCUUCUGGGCGGAUAAAACAUAUGGAUUUGGAUGAGUAUAUAACCCAAUUUAUGAUUGCAACCGAAGAUCGGAACGCAUGGGAAGAAGCUCAAUCUAUGCAAAAAGGUUCAUCGAUUGUCUUUUUCACGUCAGGCGUACGAAAUCCAAGUGGCGUGUAUGUCAAACCGGAUGGGGAAUGGGAUACCUAUGACCCAAGUUGUUGGAUCCAAGAGUGCUCAAUUAGCAACCCUCGCAACCGUACUGAAGAAAUGGCUAAGAGUGUCGACUUUGCGAAUGAAGAAAUCGCGAAGCAAUACCUUUCUCCCUAUAGCAACAUUGGCUUGCCCAGCGUGUCAAAUAGUGGUAUUAGCUUAGACAGUGAUGUUGAAAAUUUCCAGGACCUCAACGGGCGGUUUGCGGACGCGUUGCGAUCUCAUUCUCGAAGGAUCGCAAGCGAAAUCAACAACACACUCCAGAGUUCUGGUGCGACUACUGGCGUUAGCAUCAAAUGGGUCAGUCCGGCAACUUUCCAAUCUAUGUUCCCACAGAAUAAUCUUCCUCCCAGUAUGAUGAGUAAAGGAGGAGAACUUCCAGGUUAUGAACAAUUGCUUGGACAAAGGUUACUCAAGGCUCGUCAUCAGAGUAUUAAUAAUCGCCAAACCGAAGACACGUUCGGCGAUUCCUGAAUCCAAGAUGCCCAACAUUGGCAGUCUCAGUCUCAUCGAUGAAGGAAGGAUUGCUUAGGAUGAGGAUCUCAAGUAACUUGAAGCAUCCAUAAGCUUAGCCCAGCACAGAGCGAUGAUCUACUAUGAAUUGACGUAA